AUGAGGUGGCUGGUAUCAAUUUCUUUAAUUUUACUACUAAAUUUUACUGAAUCCAGAACACUGCAUAAAAAUGCUUAUGGCAUAGCUUCCGUAUUGGAUUCAUCCCAAUGUUCUGCAGAGGUGAAUUUAGUCAACAUUGCUACCAUAAUUUGCGCCCAAUUUGUUAAGGAGGCCACUUACGAGGAAGUAAGCAAAAUGGUAAAGGAUGUAUUGACAGUGAUUGAGAAACCCACUGGCAGUGAGCAGGCUUCAGGGUGUUUUGAAAACCAGCUCCCUGCUUUUCUGGAAGAAAUUUGCCAUGAGAAGGAAAUUUCUGAAAAGUAUGGAUUUUCAGACUGCUGCAGUCGAAGUGAAAAGGAAAGACACGACUGCAUGCUCUCACACAAAAAGGCCACUCCGGCAUCCAUCCGGCCCCACCAAGUCCUAGAACCUGCCACGAGUUGUAAAGCAUAUGAAGAAAACAGGGAGACAUUCAUAAACAAAUACAUCUAUGAAAUAUCAAGAAGUCACCCCUUCCUGUAUGCACCUACAAUUCUUUCUUUGGCUGCUCGGUAUGACAAAAUUAUUCCAUCUUGUUGCAAAGCUGAAAAUGCAGUUGAAUGCUUCCAAACAAAGGGAGCACCAAUCGCCAAAGAAUUAAGAGAAAGCAGCUUGUUAAAUCAACACAUGUGUGCGGUCAUGAGGACUUUCGAACCACGAACCUUCCAGGCCAUAACUGUUACGAAGCUGAGUCAGAAGUUUACCAGAGCUAAUUUUACUGACAUUCAGAAACUGGUCCUGGACGUGGCCCACGUGCAUGAAGAAUGCUGCAGGGGAAACAUGCUGGAGUGUCUGCAGGACGGGGAGAAAAUUAUGUCGUACAUAUGUUCUCAACAAGAGAUCCUGUCAAGCAAAAUAGGAAAAUGCUGCAAAUUGCCCAUCCUCGAACUUGGGCAGUGCGUAAUUCACACAGAAAAUGAUGACCAACCUGAAGGUCUAUCUCCAAACCUAAACAGGUUUUUAGGAGACAGAGAUUUCAACCAAUUCUCUUCAAGGGAGAAAAAUAUCUUCUUGGCAAGUUUUAUUCAUGAAUAUUCAAGAAGACAUCUUGAGCUUGCUGUCCCAGUCAUUCUAAGAGUUGCUAAAGGAUACCAAGAGGUAUUGGAGAAGUGUUUCCAGUCUGAAAACCCACUUGAAUGCCAAGAUAAAGGAGAAGAAGAAUUGCAGAAAUACGUCCAGGAGAGCCAAGCACUGGCAAAGCAAACCUGUGGCCUUUUCCAGAAAUUAGGAGAAUAUCAUUUACAAACUGCGUUUCUUGUUACUUAUACGAAAAAGGCCCCUCAGCUGACCACGUCAGAGCUGCUGGCCAACACCAGGAGAAUGGUGACUGCGGCGGCAACUUGCUGCCAGCUCAGCGAGGACAAGCAAUCAGCCUGUAUUGAGACAGCGACCGACCUCAUUAUUGGACAGCUGUGUAUUAGACAUGAAACGACUCCUAUAAACCCUGGGAUUGGCCAGUGCUGCACUUCUUCAUACGCCAACCGGAGGCCAUGCUUCAGCAGCUUUGUGCUGGAUCCAACAUACAUCCCGCCAUUGUUCUCUGCUGACAAAUUCGUCUUCCAUAAGGAUCUGUGCCAGGCGCAGGGUGUAGCACUGCAAACCAUGAAACAUGAGUUUCUCAUUAACCUUGUGAAACAAAAGCCACAAAUAACAGACGAACAACUUGGGGCUGUCACUGCAGAUUUCUCUAGCCUGUUGGAGAAGUGCUGUCAGAGCCAGGAGCAGGACGCCUGUUUUUCAGAAGAGGGUCUAAAACUCAUUUCAAAAACUCGUGCUGCUUUGGGAGUUUAAGUUACUCCAGGUGAGAAGAAGACAAAAUGGAUCUUUACGGAUUGGUGUGAACUUUUUCCUUUAAUUAUAACUGGCACAGUAUUUUUUAUGAAUUAAU